AUAGGAACAUGAGCUGCUUUGUUCAACAACAGUUUUAAACUGGUUAUGAGAACCAGAUGGAUAGCUGCUGCUAUGCGAACAGGAUACAGCUGUUCUACAUUCUGAAAAUCUUAGCUGUUAUUUGAACCUUGUUCUCCCAGUGGUUGCAUAAAGAUCCUAUAGCUCCAGCAGAGAGUGCCUGUGCCGUUCCCUCUACAACAAAAGCACUGCAAGCACUACCAAUGAGCUAGAUUGGCCUGCCAGGAAAUACCUGUCUGCAGUGAUAGUGAUACCUGCUUGACUUCAGAAGUAGCAAGCAUCAGCAGUUCCAGGAAGCCUUGUACUAAAGUCUUAUACUAAGAUGCUCCUUUCAGCUAAGAAAAGGGAACAAAAUUGAAUUCAGAGUUCAUGCUGUGAAGAGAUCAACCUGAGAAAAUGUUCCAAAUCCUGACAAUGCUGUUGCUGGAAAUGCAGCUCUGCAUGGUUUCAGCUUUAUUCACAGUUGAAGUUCCUCAACAGCUGUAUGUUGUGGAGUAUGGGAGCAAUGUGACCAUGGAAUGUAGAUUCCCUGUGAAUGGCUCAUUGAACCUGGGACUCCUGAGUGUUGUCUGGGAGCAGAAGAGGCAAGGUCAGCUGGAAUCAAGAGAUGUGUACACACUCCGCAAUGGGAAAGCACUUCUUUCAUCCCAACACCACGAUUACAUGGGAAGAGCAGCGCUGUUACACAACGAAUUGAAAUCGGGACGAGCAAUCCUUCAAAUUACCAGCGUCAGGAUCACAGAUGUGGGAUCUUACCUUUGUCUCAUUGACUACCAAGGUGCUGACUACAAGUACAUUACUUUGGAAGUAAAAGCAUCCUACAAGAUAAUAAACACACAGAAAACAAGAAAACGGAAUGAAGACAAGUUUGCUUUCAUAUGCCAGUCAGAAGGCUUUCCUCUGGCAGAGGUAUUCUGGCAAAAUGAAAAGAACUUCAGUCUCAGCGGGUCUGCAAAUACUACCUACACACUGACUGCAGAUGGCCUCUACAAUGUCACCAGCAUCCUGAUAAUCAAUCAAAACAUGAAUGAGAAUUACAGCUGCAUAUUCUGGAAUAAAGAACUGAAUGAAAAUACUUCAGCUUACAUUUACUCUUUAGCUUUAAUGAGUACACAGUCUGGUGGACGAAAGUCCCUGAUCUUAUUUGUUGUCGCCACGUGUGUGAUAGUACUGGUCCUUCUCCCUGCAUUAAUAAUCUUUCAAAAGAGAAAAUUGUUCAAGAAUUGCCGUGCUAAAAAAGACAGGAAAGGAAAAUUGAGCUCUACUGUGACAGAUGAGAACAGAGGCUACUAUAACUCUCAAACAGAGACUUCAUACUUGUCAACUGUCAUGCAUUCUGGAGAAAGCAGGAAUGUGAAUCUGUGAAAAUUCAUCAUCUCACAUGCAGCAAUUUGCAUUUUUUUAUCUGCUUUUGAGGACUUGAGGGAAAAGCUACCACACCAAUUUCAGAUGAACAGAUGAACUCGUGGAUUUGUUGGCACUAGAGCAAUGGACAUCUACAGAUACAGUGCGUAUCUGAAGUUACAAAGAAUUAUGCUGUCAUUCAAUGUGGUCUGCCACUAGGAGAAGGCUUUCUCCAGUUCUUUUUAUUCCCUUUAUUCUAGAACUUACUGUGGCUCAAUGAAAUGUAGUUCAGUGAGUACUUUUGUUAAGUGGUACGGACUCAAGAAUGUUGCUUGGAUUCAAACAUCUUGAAGGAAUUUGAAUAAAAGCUAUAUAUGCUGCCCUAUAUAUAGACACCUUUCAUGUAGAGAGUGUUACAUGCUAGUAUCUCAUUUCCAAACUUUCCAACAUACUAAACUGGAAAUUACCACAAGUACCCAACAGUAUUUCACACAACUAAUGACAGAUCAAAGUACAGCCAGAACUAAAACCAAAACCAACCAAAUAACAAAAACAAAACAAAACAAAACAAAAAAAAAAAAACCACAGUAAAACAGCGCUAUAUCAGAGAAGACAAUAUUAAUGCACAGUCUCUGUAUAGAUAAGCCAGAUGAAAAUCUAUGAACUGUGAUGCUGCAGCAACAUAAAAAUAAGGAAUUUUUCAUUUGAGAUUAUUACUCAAAAUAAUUUUUGGGGAGAGGAAUGUAGAAGCAAAAGUGAAAAUGUUGUUCAGCCAGAUUUUUCAGAUAAUGUUUAAAUGGUAAUUUUAUUUUCAGAGGAAGAUAUGAAUUUUCUAUAUUCUAGGCACAUAAUUGUUUAUUUCCCAUUUGUAGUAAUGCCUAAAAAAACUUUACUUAACUCUGAAUAUCCUGCAUCUUGGGCACAGUUUGCACAGUACCAGUUCUGAAAAACCACACAGCAGGAAACAAUGUUUUGCUUCUUAAAUAGUCAUCAAACAGUGAAUCACAGGCACUGAGUUGGAUUUGGCAUGUUAUUUUCAAAGAGCACUGGCUCUAGUGAAUUGCCUUUUCUCCGAAGACAGAUGCAGAAUCAUAGAAUCAGAGAAUGACUUGGAUUGCAAGUGACCUUAAACAUAAUCUAGUUCCAAAUUCCUGCAGUAGGUGGGAUUAGCCUCCAACUAGAUCAGGCUGCCCUGAGUCUCAACAAACAUUGAAUACCUCCACAACUUCUCUGGGCAGCUUGUUCUAGUGCCUCACCACCAUCUGAGUGAAAAAUUUCCCCCCAAUAUCUAAUCUACAUUUCCCCUGGACACAGAGCUGUUGGCCACAACCCUCUGCUUGUGACCAUCUCACCAGUUAUUUAUCCACCAAAUAGUCCACCCUUCAAAUCCAUAUCUCUCCAAUUUAGAGAUAAGGCUGUGGUGUGGGAAAUAUAACAAGACAGUAACAUCACAUAUCACAGAAUCACAGAAUUGUAGGGCUUGGAAGGGACCUCCAGAGAUCAUCGAGUCCAACUCCCCUGCCAAAGCAGGUUCCAACACAUUAUAUACUAUAUACCAGACUAUAACGUAACAAGAUGAAAAAGAAGUGCUUACACGGAAACUAUUUCUGACAUUAUUCUGAAGAGCACUGUCUGCUUCACCAAAAAAACCCACUGUAUCAGUAAAAUCAAGAUUUUUUUCAUAGUUCUUUGGAUAUAGACAGAAGCUGCUUCUCCAGUGACACUUGCAGUUAUUCACACUAGCACACAGCUGACCUACUGCAGCAAAGGAUCUGAAAGACAGCAUUUAUUUCCUCUCCAUGAUAGCUGAUCUUAAAAAAAGGAGGACUGAUGUUGAUUUUACUUGGGAAAGAGGAAAAAUGUUUGUCCUUAUCAUCACGUCAGCUUGGAUAUCUGGGAUAUCUGUGUAUUGUAUCUUUAAAUACUCAGUUGUCACCACUGGAUUCAGCUGAGCAGAAUGCACACAAGUCUUGCCACAUCCUUGCUGAUAUGAGAAAUCGGAUAGAUGUCAGUGAAUCAGAGGCAGCUUCUCAAAGUAGUGCUUAGCUUGCAGUGUUUAGCAGCUUGGGAACUGCCCUAGCUUGCAGUAUUUGGCAAUAGUUAAGGGUCAGUAUACAUACAGUAUAGAGAUUUCUCUCCAUGACAGAUUCAUACUCCACUGGGAAUCACAAGACCCUUCUGUUAGUCACUGUGCAAACUCUAGCCCCUGUAAGGACUUCGGGUUUUUUUGUUUGUUUGUUUGUUUGUUUUCCAUUCCUUUCUCAUAUCCAUAAAAUGGAAGUAAUUUGAGCUGAAUUUAUGUGGAUGAACAUAAAGCAUGUGCCACAGAAUUUGAAAUUUGAUUAUGGAUUAUUGUUCCUUACUGAAUGAAAGUCAUCCUGUUACUAUAUUACUCUUCUAAGUAAAUUUUGCCUUGAUGUGGGUAGGGGCUAUUGUACUUCUUGCAUGUUUUUACAUAACAAACAGUCCCUGGUUUUACUUUUCAUAGGAACCAAUUACAUAUAUACUGGCAUUCCUAGACAGAGGCAGUACAGCUUUUUACUACAAUUCUGUGUCCUAUCCACUCCAUUUUAUAUGGAAGGAGCAGUUUUACUACUUAUUGUUAAGAACCAUAAAAAUAUCAAAAAAUGUG